AUGUCGUGUUUGAUCCUGCAGUCCGAGCCAGGCAUCGCUUCCUCCUUACCAGUCACACUGCAAACCCACACCGACCAUCCUCCAUUCACAGAGGAGAGUCCCUCACCAAGACAGAAACUUAGCACUGUACCGAUUAUGCCAGCCAGCUCGUACCGUCUCGUCACGGUAAACACGGCCCCGGAAAGGGCCAAGCGGUUGGUCGGCCGCACCACUGAGGCUCUCAAGGACCGAUAUACUAUUGAGCAUGUCGCCAAUUGCGAAAGGAUCGAUGAGGUGGAGAGCAAGGUUCAAGAGUACCAGCCCGAUUUAGUAUUCUGCGCCUCCAUGUGGACAAGCGACGAAGCGAACCAGAUCCUGUCCACCGCGCGGUCAGUCAAGCCCGACAUUAAGACGCACAUCAUCCCACAUGGUCUACAGGUCGAGAGGGGUCCGGACGCCAUCGUGGAGCACCUGCUUGAGGAGAUACCUAAAAUCUUGGACUCGUAA